AUGGUUCACAGUCCUCAGAAUCUUCAGUUGCAGCAAAUACAGAUACAAGAGAUUCUCAGAACAACCACAACGGUACAACAGGACAACCUCAAUCUUCUGAGAGCACCCAAGAACCGAGUGGUGCAGCUGAGAAUUCUAAUGGUGCUGCGAAACCUGCAGAGGGUGAUUCAACAAACGAGACUGAAAGUACAACCAGUAAUGAUGAGGAAUCAACCACCACCACCACAACAACAACACUUCCUCCUGAACUCACAAACAACAAGAAGGGUGAUGCAGACAGCAGCAGCAGUAUCAGCAGUUCUGUGUGGGUGCGUGUACCACUACUGA